GAAAACAGUCUCUUUUUUUGUAGAUUAAUAUAUCCACUGAAAUUUCUAAAACAGAAACAAAAAAAUGUUGUCCUUGGUCAUUCUUGUGAUGCUUGUGGCAGUUCCGACUUGGCAGCAAGACUUAGAAGUUUGCAGUCAGUCACGUGACGCUGGGCCAUGCAAAGCAUUGUUUCGCAGGUUCUACUGGAAUGCUCAGUCUGGGAAAUGUGAGAAGUUUAUCUUUGGUGGUUGCCUUGGAAACUCGAAUAAUUUCAAGACUCUGGAAGAAUGCAGCAAGCUGUGCUCAACACCAUAAAUGUAUAGAAAGUGACACUUUAACGACUCAACGGUCACGUGACACAGCCAUAGCUACCAAGAUGUGUGUGUAAAAAAUCAUGUAUUCCUCUCUUCCCCCAAAUAAGUAACAAUUUAAAAUACUAAUUAUUUGGACCAAACGAGUUGUUAAAUAAAAUAUUGAUUUCA